AAUACUUUCGGCAUUGCAGUACAAUGUCAAGUGUUAGUAGAUUGUUAAAAUCAGCUUUCUUUUGAUGAUUUUUGCAGACUUUCCAACAAUUUAAUAGCAUCCCUUAGAAUAUUACAUCAUUCGCCAACACACGUCAUAAAUUUUUACAUAAUUGAUCAGAAGUAUCGAUACAAAGUAAUAGGACAUUAACGUCUAAAAUUUCAGAUGUAUUCUUAUUUUUAUUUUCAUUUCAAUCAUACGUCGUUAACAUAAGAGAUUUUAUCAAUGGUAUUCAACACCUUAAAACGUUCUCUGAACACAUCUGCAAUGGACCCUAUUGAAUCUAUUCCAAAUAAAGUUGCCCUUGUGGAGAGAAAUAUUGCACCCCAAGGUAUGAAACUUGUUGAUGCAAAAGCUGUGGCUAAAAGAGCUCCUAAUGAUUUAGUAGAAUUAGCAAUGGAAAUUCAAAUGGCUGAUAAUUAUGUAAAAGCAAAUGCAUGUAGCAAACUACAAAUGAUUGCAGAACAAAUGCGAUUUUUGCAACAACAAGCUGAACGAGUUUUACUUGAAGCUAAACAAGAAAAAACACUUCAUCAUGCAGCUUGCAACUUUGUCAAACACCCAGGAAAAAUUUAUCACCUUUAUCAGCGAGAGUCUGGUCAAAUCUAUUUUUCUAUGCUUAGUCCAGAGGAAUGGGGUAACUCUGCUCCACAACAGACUUACAAAGGCUCAUACAGACUAGAACAUGAUUAUUCAUGGACUCCACUUUCUAAAAUUGAUAUUAAAAAUAAAGACCUUGAAAUACUAAACAAGCUUUACCAAAGUGCUGAGAAUUCAACAAAUCCAACUUUAAUAGAAUAUAUGAGUAUAGAUUAUAGUAGUUGAUGCUAAAAAAUAUUUAGAUACUUUUUUAAGAAAUGACAAAUGACCUUUCGAUAAGAAACGUUUAUCUGUGAAUUACUAAAUUAAAUUAGUUGAAUAGGUACUUAAUUGUUAAUUAUAUAUUAGACAAUAAAAACGAUAGAUAUAUUUGGCACUUGAUUCAAUUUAAAAAUGUAAAAUAUGUAUAGACAUGAUUUUCUUCAAUCAAGAUUAUGUAAUAUAAUGAUAUCUUAUAUCUUAGAAUAAAAUAUAUCAAAGAGAGAAGUGACAAA